AUGCAGGCGGCGGCGUGGAGGCGUCACCUCCUCGACCACCACCUCUCCCCUUCCACCUCGGCCGCCAUCGCCGCCUUCAGAUCCACCUCCCAGCCUGGGCUCGCUCCCCAAGGGUUGUGUGGAGCGGAUGGCGCGAGGUACAUGUCGUCCGCGAGGGCGCCGGCGGUCAAGGGGUCCGGGCAUCUCGUCCACAAGGGCACCGGAGGGAGGUCUUCUGUGAGUGGAAUUGUAGCCACGGUAUUUGGAGCUACUGGGUUUCUUGGGCGUUAUCUUGUGCAACAACUUGCCAAGAUGGGAUCUCAAGUGCUUGUCCCAUUCAGAGGUUGUGAGGAUUCUCAUCGCCACCUGAAGAUUAUGGGUGACUUGGGUCAGAUUGUGCCGAUGAAAUACCAUCCAAGAGAUGUUGAUUCAAUUAAGGCUGUUAUGGCCAAGUCAAAUGUGGUUAUUAACCUCAUAGGACGAGAGUAUGAAACAAGGAACUACAGCUUUGAAGAAGUAAACCACCAUAUGGCUGAACAACUUGCAACGAUUGCUAAGGAGCAUGGUGGUAUCAUGAGAUUUAUCCAGGUUUCUUGCCUAGGGGCAUCACCGUCUUCUGAAUCUAGAAUGUUGAGGACAAAAGUUGCAGGAGAGCAAUCAAUCUUGAAAGAAUUCCCUGAGGCUACAAUCAUGAGGCCUGCUACCAUGAUUGGCACAGAAGAUCGAAUUUUGAACAGAUGGGCACAAUUUGCAAAGAAUUGGGGUUUCCUCCCGCUUGUUGGUGGUGGAUCUACAAAGAUUCAGCCUGUUUAUGUAAUUGAUGUUGCUGCUGCUAUUGUCAACUCCCUCAAGGAUGACGGCACUAGCAUGGGAAAGAUAUAUGAACUUGGGGGCCCUGAGAUUUACACUGUCCAUGAGCUGGCUGAGCUGAUGUAUGAAACAAUCCGUGAAUGGCCGCGAUAUGUCAAUGUUCCUCUUCCUGUUGCAAGGGCUAUUGCUUCCCCAAGGGAAAUGUUGCUCAACAAAGUGCCGUUCCCCCUGCCAACCCCUUCCAUUUUCAACCUAGAUCAGAUCAAUGCAUUCGCUGUAGACAACCUCGUGUCUGAAGAUGCUCUCACCUUCGAAGACCUCGGCAUCAUGCCUCAGAAGCUGAAGGGGUACCCGGUGGAGUACCUCAUGUCAUACAGGAAGGGUGGGCCAAAAUUCGGCUCGACCCUGCGGCUGCCUCACCGGUUGGAGCAACAGGACCCAAAUUUCCAUGCGUGGCUCCUGCUCAUUGUCUUGUUUAUUUACGCCAAUAAGCUGCAGCUGCUUCUGCUCUGCUUGGGCCGGCACGAACAGAAACGGGAACCCUGCAGUGCAGGCAUCUGGGACUCUCGAACGGUGGGCUGCGUUGCGUUGACAGAAUCUCUGCAGCGCUGCGGAAGCUGCUCUGGACUGUGUUUGCCAACAACCAAAGCUCAGCCUGACGAAAUCUGCAACGCUGCGGAAGCUGCUCUGGACUGUGUUUGCCAACAACCAAAGCUCAGCCUGACGAAAUCUGCAACGCUGCAAAAUCUGUUCUGGGUGUCAUUCUUCAUUUGCAAUUGGCAGUACAUCAAUCAACCAUCCGGAUUGUCAUUGGAGAACAAUGGCGGAUCCAGACCCCAGUGCCGGCCCUGGAGGGGUGCCAGAGGUGCGACGGCCGAGGGCCCAUGGGAGUGA